GCGGUAUUAUGACGUCAAACGCCGGGCGGUUUGCGCCUCAUGAAGUCAACAAAACGCCCACCAUCAGCCCGAGGAAAUAACUUCCACCGAGAAUGAGUGCCGCUACCUUCCGUGACUGCAAGGCGUGGAUAUCAGAGGGUCUGUCGCUGUCCACCAGCAGUAAUGAAGCCUGUAAACUAUAUGAUGCUAUACUUUCACAGUAUGUGACCUGGCGCAAUGAUGAAACAGUCGGAGGAAUUGAAGGUUGUAUUGCAGCUGUCAAAGCUGCAGAUCCUGACUUUGUGAUGGGUCAUGUGAUCUCUACUGGACUGGAAUUGGUGGGCACAGGAAGUUCCGUCCUGCGGGAUGAGAGACUGGCCAACGCUGUGAAGAUGACCCUCGAGCUGGCAAAAUCUCAAGAGCUCACACCCAGAGAGAGGAACCACGUGAAGGCCGUGGAGCUCUUCUCUAGAGGAGCCUUGCAUAAGGCCUGUGAGGUUUGGGAGGAUAUUCUAGUGGAUCACCCCACAGACAUGUUGGCACUUAAAUUUGCCCAUGAUGGAUUCUUCUACCUGGGUGAACAGAUUCAGAUGAGGGACUCGGUGGCCAGAGUGCUACCCCACUGGAAGCCACAUAUGCCGUUUUACAGUUAUCUUAAAGGGUUGUAUUCCUUCGGGCUGCUUGAGACCAAAUUUUAUGACGAAGCUUUAAAAGUGGCAAAAGAGGCUCUGGCUUUGACCCCUCAGGAUGGCUGGAGUGUUCAUUCUGUGGCUCACGUCCAUGAGAUGAAGGCAGAGGUGGACAAGGGGCUAAAGUUCAUGGCUUCUACCGAGAAAGACUGGAUGGUGUGUGACAUGUUGGCGUGUCAUAAUUACUGGCACUGGGCACUUUAUCACAUUGAGAAGGGGGAGUAUGAAGCAGCUUUAAAGAUUUUUGAUGAGCAGGUUUCUCAGCGCGGUGUGAAAUCUGGAGCCAUGCUGGACACCGUGGAUGCUUGUUCUCUGCUCUACAGACUAGAGCUGGAGGGUGUGAGCACGAAAGACCGCUACCGAGAGUUGCUCCAGGUCACCGAGCCUCAUACAGAAGACCACACGUUGCUUUUCAAUGAUCUGCACUUCCUCAUGGUUUCCCUGGGCAGCAAGGACACGAGCAUCACUCAACGCCUGCUGGAGAGUCUGCAGGAACUAGCUAAAGAGCCAGCAGAUAACCAUCAGCUCCAUAUCGCCCAGCGUGUGGGUCUGCCCAUGUGUCAGGCUCUACAGGAGUUUGACCAAGGGAACUACAGCCAGGUUGUCCAGUUGCUCAAACCCAUCAGAUACCGUUUUGUGGAGAUAGGGGGCAGUGACGCACAGAGGGAUAUUUUUAAUCAACUCCUCAUUCAUGCUGCCAUGAAGUCAGGAGACAAACACCAUCAAAGAUUUGCGAGAUGCAUGCUGAUUGAGAGAGACGCAGUGCGGCCAAACUCGCCGCUUACAGACCGUCUGAUCCAGAGAGCUCACGCCUUACACGUUUAAAUACAGAGCCCCUAUUCCUUAGUUAUUUAACAACGCCUGCUUUCUAUCUUUUCAAUUACAGGCCCCUUUCUUAACCAAUUUAACUGCUGACUUGAGAUCAGAGAGACGGUCCCUGAAUACAGCCGGAGAUUUUGCACAGAUAUAAAUCUUUGCAAUACGUUCCCUUCAGCAGCAAAUGGCUUCUGUUAGUUGAGACACUACUUCCAAGACUUAAAUGAAAUGUGCAAGAGAUGCUUUGUAUGGAUAUUUUGCACUACACAUUAUCACAGAAAAGCACAUCCAGUUUUUACAUAUUCUCUCGACUCGCAACAAAUGAACAUGAUUAUUCAACGCUGUGUGCAUUAAAAAUGAGCUAAUAAAUAUGCCUCCAGACUUCUGAA